AUGAUCUUCAAUGUAGAGAAUGUCAAGGUUUACUUUCCCUACGACUACGUCUAUCCUGAGCAGUACGCGUAUAUGCGCGAGUUGAAGCGUGCGCUCGACUCGAAUGGGCACUGCAUUCUUGAAAUGCCGACCGGCACGGGAAAGACGGUGACCCUUUUAUCGUUCAUCACCUCGUACCAGCUUGCCCACAGAGAGGUUAGGAAGCUGAUCUACUGCACGCGCACUGUUGGAGAACUGGAGAAAGUCCUAUCUGAGCUGGAGGUCGUAAUCAGGUACCGCGACGCGCAACUUGAAAAGGCAGGGAAACGCGACCAGGCUGCCGCGGUCUUGGCGGUAGGCCUCACAACUCGACGGAACCUGUGUUUGCAGUCGGCAGUCUCCAAGGCCGAGAGUCGCGAAGAGGCCGACUCGCUCUGCCGAUCACUCACCGCGAGUUGGGUUCGGGAAUCUCACUCGGCCGCAAUCGCUCGUUUUGAGAAGAACCCCGACCUUGAAGACCUACCCACCACGCUAUGCCAGUUCUACGAGGGCUAUCGACGGGAAGGCAACGAUGCGAUCCUACCUUCGGGGAUCUACACGCUCGAGAAGGUACUCCAGAUCGGUCGAGAGCGGGGCUGGUGCCCCUACUACACGGUUCGACAUACCAUGAAUUUCGCCAAUGUGAUUGUGUACAAUUAUCAGUACCUGCUGGAUCCGAAGAUUGCAGGCCUCAUUUCGCGAGAACUCUCCCGUGAGUGUAUCGUUGUUUUCGACGAGGCACACAAUAUCGAUAAUGUCUGCAUCGAUGCGCUGAGCGUGAGUCUUCGACUGGACGACCUGCGACGUGCUCAAGCAAACGUUGUAAGCUUGCGCAAUCGGAUCCAAGAAAUUCGAACACAUGACGAAAGGCGUCUCCUUGAGGAAUACCGUCGCAUCCUACAAGGCAUUCGACGGCCCGCGGACGUGGACGCCUUCACAAUCGAAGCCUCGCCCGUCAUUCCAGAAGAUGUUUUGCAGGAGACCAUCCCGGGCAAUAUCCGACGAGGUGAACACUUUCUCUUGUUUCUGCUUCGAUUGAUCGAUUUCUUCCGACAACGAAUGCGAUCGACGCAAGUGACCCAGGAUACACCUCGGAAUUUCCUCCAUGCUCUGAUGCCGUCAGUUCAGAUCCCUGACUCGAAACCGUUGCGGUUUUGUUCGGAUCGGCUUGCGUCACUGCUGCAAACGCUGGAAAUCAGCAAUGUUCGCGAUUUUGUGUCGCUCCAAAAGCUUGCACACUUUGCAACGCUGCUUGGAACCUAUUCGCAGGGCUUUUCCGUGAUCAUGGAACCGUACGAUGAGCGCGCCCCGAACGUGCCGGAUCCUGUCUUGCAAUUGAGUUGUCUGGAUGCCUCUAUCGGGAUGCGACCAAUUUUCACCCGUUUCCAGUCGGUGAUUCUGACCUCGGGAACGAUCUCACCCCUGGAUCUCUAUGCGCGUAUCCUGGGCUUCCGACCUGCGGUCGCACACUCGCUGAACAUAUCGCUGCACCGGGCGUCCAUUUGUCCGAUGGUGAUCGCCCGCGGCUCCGACCAGAUCGCGAUCAGCAGCAAAUACGAUAGCCGCAGAGAUCCGAGCGUCAUUCGCAACUAUGGUGCGCUACUGGUCGAGCUGGCCAGCGUCGUACCAGAUGGCGUCGUUGGAUUUUUCACGAGUUACAUUUAUCUGGAAAGCGUCGUGCAGAUGUGGCACCAGAUGGGAAUUAUUCAAAAGUUGCUAGAGCACAAGCUCGUCUUCAUCGAGACGCCGGACAUUUUUGAGAGUUCGGUUGCGCUGGAGAACUACCGACGAGCUUGUGAUAGCGGCCGAGGAGCGAUCUUUCUCUGCGUUGCUCGGGGAAAAGUUGCUGAAGGAAUCGAUUUUGACCGACACUAUGGGCGCUGCGUCGUCAUAAUCGGCGUGCCGUUCCAGUACACAGAAAGUCGUGUCCUGCGCGCUCGGCUGGAGUUUCUUCGCGAGCACCUGCAGAUACGCGAGGGUGACUUUUUAACGUUUGACGCGAUGCGACAGGCUGCGCAAUGCAUGGGACGGGUUAUCCGUUCUAAAGUGGAUUACGGACUCAUGAUUCUGGCAGAUCGUCGCUAUAAUCGGGCGCAGAAUCGGAGCAAACUGCCGCUAUGGAUUCAGAGCCAUCUCGAUGAGGGCAAAGUGGACCUCAGCACCGACAUGGCGUUGGGUAUCAUUCAAGAGUUUCUGAUCCGAAUGGCGCAGCCGCUGGAUCGGAAGGAAAUGAUCGGGACAACGCUGCUUCGUGAGAUCGAUCUGCAGGCGCCUGGGGACACCAGUUUUUCGGAGACCGCAUCGCCAAUAGCGCUCAUGGGAUCCGCUUGA